CUCUCCGUCCUCGCAUCUUCGUCUUCUUCUUCAAACCCUUCGAACCUCCGGAAAACACCUCGUCUGCUUCCCGCGAAAACGCUGCUUCGCGCAGAAGCACCCAUGGACAUGAGCUCCGCCUCCGCCAAUCCUAUGCCCUCCUCUCCAAUCGCACGACCCCUCAACGAAUUCAACCUCCGGCAGGCCUUCGCCGCCGUCCACGGCCGCUGCUCCUCCCUCUUCCGCAACCUCUCUCGCCUCCCCGGCUCCCUCCCGCCCAAUCUCCAAUCCUCGCUCUGCGACCUCCAGAGCCAGGCGAGGCACGCGCUCGACGCCGGAAUCUCGAACUUCAAGCUCGCCGCAUCCCCCGCCGGGGCGAAGAACCCGGUUUUCGCGCGGGUGGCGGAUGUCGGCCGCGCCCGAUUGCCUUCGGCCGGUCCCAAGUCGCGCGGGCCGUUGUCGGUGGAGGAGAUCCAGGAGCGGCUGGCGGGCGUGCCGGUGUUCGCGCUGAGCAAUUCCGCGGAGGAGUUCGUGCUGGUCUCGGGCGUUUCGACGAGGAAGGCGUUAGGGUUGUUCUGUUUCAAGGAGGAGGAUGCCGAGGCGCUCCUCGAGCAGAUGAAGAGCAUGGACCCCGGGAUGAGGAGCGGGUCUCGAGUCGUGCCGGUUGCUUUGAACAAGGUGUUUCAGCUUAAGGUUGAUGGCGUUGCGUUUAGGCUGAUUCCGGAGCUUUCUCAGAUUAAAAACGCUAUCAAAGUGAGGCAAAUGGCGGGCUUGUCUGACGAGGCCUUCCUCGGGGUUCCAGUUUUCCAGUCCAGAAGCUUGAUACUAAAGAGCCAAAGCCGAAGCUAUCGUCCAGUAUUCUUCAGAAAGGAGGACCUGGAAAAUUCAUUACUCAGAGCUUCUCGCGAACAAAAUCGGUUAAAUCCCGUGUUUAGACAAGGUGACAUUCAGGUUGCAGUCCUUGAGGAAAUUAUAAAAGGAAUGAAGGAAAAUUCUAAUUCAACAUGGGAUGAUGUUGUUUUCAUACCUCCUGGAUUUGAUGUUGCCACCGAUCCGUCCCAGCAAUCGGCACCUCGCAAUAGUUGAUGCUGUCCAAGCCAAUGUCCUCCUUUCUUUGUCGUUUAUCUUUGGCUGGUAAUGUUGUAUCACUCUUUUUGUACCUCGGAAUGUCGAUGUUUCACUAGGCUGGUACUUACUGCUUAAAAUGAUUUGAGUAAGGUAUAAUUAGAAUGUGCAAGUCAUUUUGAAAGAUUCAA